GCACCUGAGCGGGCGAGAGGAGCCGACAAAACCCGUCGGAGCGGCGGGUGCGCGGCGCUGCUCCUCCCGACCCGCCCGGCCAGUCCUGCCGCCCGCUGCCUCCGCCAGACAUGACACAGGACUACGACAAUAAAAGACCCGUGUUGGUUCUUCAGAAUGACUCUCUCUACUCUCAGAGACGUCCUUACACCAAUGAAGAUGAGGCCUGGAAAACUUUUCUUGAAAAUCCCCUCACAGCAGCUACCAAAGCUAUGAUGAGCAUCAAUGGGGAUGAAGACAGUGCAGCUGCCCUCGGACUGCUCUAUGAUUACUACAAGGUUCCAAGGGAAAGGAGAUCUUCAACAGCUAAGCCUGAGGUAGAACAUCCUGAACAAGACCAUAGCAAAAGGAACAGCAUCCCAAACGUGACAGAACAGUCGCUCAUUUCUGCUGGAGAAAACAGGGUCCAGGUUCUGAAAAAUGUGCCUUUCAAUAUUGUACUUCCACAUACCCCCCAGAUGGGCAUGGACAAGCGAGGCCACCUCACAACCCCAGACACAACGGUCACCGUUUCCAUUGCCACGAUGCCCACGCACUCCAUCAAAACGGAGACACAGCCCCAUGGCUUUGCCGUGGGCAUCCCACCCAGCGUGUACCACCCCGAGCCGCCCGAGCGCGUGGUGGUCUUCGACAGGAACCUCAAUCCCGACCAGUUCAGCUCCAACACCCAGCCUCAGAACUCCCAAAGGCGAACGCCAGACUCCACCUUCUCGGAGACUUUCAAGGAGGGUGUGCAAGAGGUUUUCUUUCCUACUGAGCUGAAUCUCCGAAUGGCCAACAUGAAUUCAGAAGAUUAUGUUUUUGACAGCAUUUCUGGGAAUAACUUUGAAUACACUCUGGAAGCCUCCAAGUCCCUCCGACAGAAGCCUGGGGACAGCACAAUGACUUACCUGAAUAAAGGUCAAUUUUACCCAAUCACACUGAAAGAAGUCAGCAGCACUGAAGGAAUUCAUCACCCCAUCAGUAAAGUCCGAAGUGUCAUUAUGGUUGUGUUUGCUGAAGACAAAACAAGGGAAGAUCAGCUCAGGCACUGGAAAUACUGGCACUCAAGACAGCACACAGCCAAACAAAGAUGCAUUGACAUAGCUGACUACAAGGAGAGCUUCAACACCAUCAGCAACAUUGAGGAGAUCGCAUACAACGCCAUAUCCUUUACCUGGGACAUCAACGAGGAAGCAAAGGUUUUCAUUUCUGUGAACUGCCUCAGCACAGAUUUUUCCUCUCAGAAGGGAGUUAAAGGCCUGCCCCUGAAUCUUCAGAUUGACACUUACAGCUACAAUAACAGGAGUAACAAACCUGUCCACAGAGCCUACUGCCAAAUUAAAGUCUUCUGCGACAAGGGAGCAGAGAGGAAGAUCAGGGAUGAAGAGCGAAAGCAAAGCAAAAGAAAAGGGAAGUGCACUGAUCCCAGCUCUCAGUUGAAUGCCUUUUCUGAUGUCAAAGUGCCCAUGCUGCCCUCACACAAACGUACCGACAUCACCAUCUUCAAGCCCUUCAUGGACCUAGACACUCAGCCUGUCCUGUUCAUCCCUGAUGUUCACUUUGCAAACCUGCAGCGUGGGGCUCACGUCCUUCCUGUUGCUUCAGAAGAACUAGAGGGUGAAAGCUCCAACCUGAAGAGAGGAACUUAUAUUGGUGAAGAGGACUUUAUUGCUACUCCAAAUAAGAUGACCAGAAUAGAAGAGCCAAAAAGAGUGUUGCUGUAUGUCCGAAAAGAGUCAGAGGAAGUCUUUGAUGCACUAAUGUUAAAGACACCAUCUCUGAAAGGCCUAAUGGAAGCGAUAUCUGACAAGUAUGAUGUUCCUUUUGAUAAAAUAGGAAAAAUCUUCAAAAAAUGCAAAAAAGGAAUUCUGGUCAACAUGGAUGAUAACAUUGUGAAACACUAUUCUAAUGAAGAUACCUUCCAGCUGCAGAUUGAAGAGGUUGGAGGAUCUUACAAGCUGACUUUGACUGAGAUCUAA